CAAAGCCCGUCAAAGGGAAAUAAUCUCAUAAAAUAAUCAACAAGCACUCAAAAAGGUAAAACCAUGUCAACAUAUAGUACAGAUUUAGCUAAAGGUUUAUGGAAUCUUAAGAUUGAUGAUAAAUAUGCCGAUUUUACAAUAUCUGUAAAUGGCAGAGAAUUCAAGUGCCAUAGAGUCAUCUUAGCCUCCCUGUCGGAGUUCUUUGAAGUCAUGUUUGAUAGUGGAUUAAUGGAAACAGAAACUGGUUGCGUUUGCCUGGAUGAUAUGCUAUUAGAUGAAGACAGUUGCUCAGAUUUGUUAAAGUUUAUUUAUACCGGUGAACCUAGUGUGGUUACUAUGGUCAACGCUGACAUUCUACUCCACGUGGCCCACAUGAUGCAAAUAAAUUCUCUCCAUACGAUAUGCAAGCAGUUUCUAAGUGUAAAUGCUGAUAAGUCAAACUGUGUACAUGUUUGGCAGAUUGCACAGAAUCAUGGCUACACUGCAGAUCUUGCCGAGAUAGCACGAUCUUUAAUUCUUAAACAUUUUGCCGAAAUUGCAAACAGUGAAGCCAAACUUGACGAAAUAGGUACAGUUGAUAGUCUUAUAUCUAUUUUGGAAUCUGAUAAUAUAAAUGUUGUUGAUAGAAGUGGUUUAUUUUGUCAAGUGUCGUUUUCCUGGAUAGUUGCGGAUUUAGAAAACCGUAUUCAACGUUUCCCAGAACUAUGCGAGGCGAUGAUGCAAAAUAGAGUGUCUGCGAAAGACAUAUACGAAGAGGCUGUCAAGAUUGAAGAAUUUUCUACAAAUCAUGAUAUAUUGCGAAUGUUAGAAGACUUGACAUCGCGUCACAAUUCUAAUAUGCAAGAUGAUGGUGUUUUUGCUACACCAGCAGACGACGUAUUAGUCGUUAUUGGAGGCAGUGAAGGUGGAAAUAACUGCAGUGUCAUGGGGUUUAGUUUUCCACAAAAAAUUUGGUUUUCUUUAAAGCCAUUGCCAUUUGACCCUGGUUAUAAUUUUGCCAUAUGUUCUAACGGCCUAGACAUUUAUGUAUCUGGUGGUUCCGGUCCAGGACCGUAUAAAGGAACUGGCGGGAAAACUGUCUUUUUAAAAUUCGAUGGCCAAGAGAAUGAAUGGAUUCAGCUCCCACAUUUACCUGUGGAAAGACAGUAUCACGCGAUGUAUGCCUUCGAUAAUGUCUACGUAUUUGGUGGCAAGGACGAUCAGAGAUGCACGAAUAGUGUUUUGAGAUUUAAUACUCCCACUAAUACAUGGAUAUGCAGUAAAACUAAAUUGUAUGAACCUGUAAGAUCACCAGCUCACACUUGUGUAGGAAAAAAAGUAUAUUUAUUUGGCGGUUUACUGUCCGAUAACACACUUUCCAAUACAAUUCAAUGUUUUAACUGUGAAUCAGAGCAAAGCUACAGAGUUUCGUAUAAGUUACCAGAUUUUGCACGACUAAAUUCCAAAGCGGUCAACUACAAAGAGCAGAUGAUAGUUAUUUGUAAGGAUGGAACAGUUUUGAAAUGUUCCGAAAAAGAUAGCACACGACCAAUAUCAAAGAUAACCAAGUUUGAUAGGAAAGGAUUUGGAGCGUGCUGUUUUGAGGACAAAAUCUUGAUUUGCGGCGGGGAGGUGUCGUUCAGUACACGAAAGGACAUGAUGCUUUAUGAUUUAAAAUCCGAAAUUGUUAUACCAAUGCAAGAAACACUACCAAUUUCUGUAUCCCACUUUUGUUUCACUAAGGCCAUAGUGAUGCGCGAUCACCUCACAACUGAGUGUGGAACGACUAUGGCUACAUUUUAACGAUUAUGUACUAAAUGAUAUCUGCAAAUAAAAGAGAUACCCAGUUCA